AAAUGAAACCGUAUAUAUAGAAAACAACGUAGCUUUCAACUUCCAUCAUUCGUCCCCAGUCCCCACUUGGUCAACCAAAUUUCAAUCAAUUUAAGAUAGAAGAAGCAGAAAAAUGGAUUUGUUUAUGAUCAGAAAUGGAAAAUCUGCAGUUAAUUUGAUGUGUUUUGUGUUGGUUAUCUUCGGAGGUUCUGUUAAUGGCCGUCGAUUGCUGUCUCAGGCUAGACCAAAGCCUAGUAAUGCCGCCCCUUUUGCUCGAUGGUUGGUUUCCGAGAGUUCUUGGGGUGUUUUGAGCACCAUUGCAGAUGACUUGGGCGGAGCACCUUUCGGGAAUGUGGUUUCGUUUAGUGACGGCCUACCAAAGGAAGGCAGUGGCAUUCCAUAUUUCUACUUAACAAGUCUGGAUCCAACUGCACAGUAUGCGAUGAAGGAUCAUAGAUCUUCGUUCACAAUUAGCGAAUACCAGCUUGGAACUUGUGGCAAAGUAGACCCUGAAAACCCAACCUGUGCUAAAAUCACGCUCACGGGAAAGUUAAACUUGCUAGAUGCCAAAUCCGAGGAAGCCGUAACCGCUAAAAAGUCGUUAUUUGCCAAACAUGCCGAGAUGGAAGGCUGGCCUGAGGAUCAUAGUUUCCAGGUCUACAAACUAGAUAUCAAAGAUAUAUUCAUGAUCAAUUUCUAUGGCGGUCCUAAACCUCUCACCGUGGAUCAAUACCUCCAUUCGGGACUGAACGAAUUAACCGCUCUUAUGUGAAUUAUCGUCACAAUCUCACGUUUCUAUGAACUCUUCCCACCCUGCGAGCAUUAAUUCGAGAACCUGUAAAUCAUGUGUAACAUUUGUGUAAUAUAACGAUUCAAAUUCCCGAACAUAUGUAUGCUAAAUUCUUUUGAGACAAUAGUCUCUGUAAUCAUAUGGAAACAAUCGUUCUAUUAUUUGGGGUAAAAGACAGGUUAGUAUAUAUCCUACCACUCAAUCCCUACUUUUGAGUGAGAUAUGCAGGGUGAGUUCGGUUUGGCUGUAUUAAUAAGUAAUUUGUGGUGUCUUUGGUCAACUAUAGUGUUUAUGUAAGUACCUCGGCUUCAUUUGUU